AUGUACUGCACCAAAGAUUGCGCCUGCCGUUUGUGCCGCGAGCUGCGCGACUAUAAGCUGAGCGCCAAGAAGUCAGCAGUGCCCUCCCUGCUGGGGCGCAUGCUCAAUGAGAACUUCAUACUGAGGCGUCGCGGCAUUUCGCUGAAGAACUUUCAGCCGCAGUCGCUGCGCAAUAGCGAAAUGUGUCAGUCGCAGCCGCGCGAUUUGCCACGCCCAGCGCAGACACCCUCGCCCACGCCCAUCGAGGAGCUGCCCGACUGGGCGGCCACACAGCGCAGGCGGGAAGGCGAGCAGGAACGGGAUCGUGAUGGGAAUGGAAAUGGAAAUGGGCAUCUGGGUGAUCGCGAGGUCAAACCAAAUCACAAAGUGGUCAUCUAUUUUGGUGACUCCAUGAGUCGAGCACAGCCGCAGCCGCAGCCGGAGUUGCAGUCGCAGUCGCAGAUACCCGCAUUGACUCCGAAGCUGCCCGCAGAUGCAGCCAAUCUGCACUCGCAGCUGCUGCAGGAGAUGUCCCAGAAACUGCAGACCAAUGACAAAGGCAAGCCCGAGACGGAGGUGGCGCAGGCGCAGGCGCAGGCGGAGGCGGAGGCGGAGGCUGAGGCGAAGACUAACGCUGAUGAUGAACUGCCGCCCUACAUUGAGAGCGUGCAGAAUGGCGUAAUUAAUAUCAAAAUUGAAGGCAAUUACCGGCGCGCCAGCGCUCUGGUGGAAACGGUGGCAAAGCCAACGCUGGCCGUUGUUGGCCAAAUGAAAUCCGAUGCUGCUAACAGCAAACCGACUGCAGCUGAUCAUCAUGAUAAUGCAGACGAUGAUGAUGAUGAUGAUGACGACGACGAUGACGAUGAUGAUGAUGAUGACAGCGUCUCUGGCCCUGGCCACGAUGCGGAGACCGCGAGUCAGUCAGAUUCAUGCGAUUGGAGUUACGUUCAGGAGUGGCGACGCGCUGCGAGACGGCCCACGGGAAAUUUGCCGCCUAACUUUGGUCAGCAGGCGGCCGGUCAGAUGACGGGUCUGCCGCCGGUGCCGCUGCAGCCGCAGAUGCAGGCACAGCAACAGGCGCAGUCGGCGCUUGCAGCACACACGUCGCAGCUGGGAGCAGUUGGUGCUGGCUUGGCGGUGGCCAUGGCCACACCAGCGCCACGCGUGUUCAAGGAGCUGGCGCAGCAGCCGAACAAAGCGCCACUCAGCAAUAAAUCGACAGCGAAUGCGUUGCCCUUGGUAAGCAGCCCCUUGCCACAGCAGCAGCAGCAGCAACAACAGUUGACAUCGUCAGCCGUUAAGGCGGGCAUGCCGCAGCGCGCGGUAGCUGGACCCGCCAGGCUGACGGUGCAGAGUACGCCGGUUAAGUCGCAGCCGCCGCAGCUGAGCGGCAGCUUGCAGAGCUCGCCCAGUCGGCCCACAUUGGGCAUUCCGACAGCGACAUCGACGUCGACGUCAACGCCGGCGCCACGAACGCAUCAGCACGAACAGUUCCGAGCACUGCAGCGGGUGCAGGAGUGCCACAGUUCCUCGGACGAGAACCGCAGCUCGGGGCAUGCCAGCAUGUCGGACACGGGCGGGCACAGCUCGUCGCCGGCUGGGGGCAUGACCUUGGGACCGCUGCCCGAGGAUCGGCUGGCCGCCGGUGUGACCAAUCGCAGCACGCGCUCGAGACGUCAUCGUGGCAUUAUGCCCGCCGGCAAGGCGCCCUGGAGCGGCAGCGGGCUGGAGGACAUCAAGCUAGCCAUACAGCAGCUGACGAUGCGCUCCCAGACGAGCAGCAGCACCUACAGCAGUCUGAGCGCCGGCUCGGAGAGCUCAGAGCCGGCCCGCCGUCUGGGCCGCUAUUCAUCGCUGGAGACGGUCAUCACCAGCACCAGCGCGGACGAGUUUGUGUGGGUGGACUCGCACAAUCGUCUCGUGGAGCUGCAGCAUCCGCCAUGGAGCCAGCAGUGCAUCAUGCGCGUGCUGCGCAAUGGCCGCUGCAAGCAGCAGGCGGAUCACAUCUCUGUCGAGGUCAUCUCCAGACUGGGCUAUCUGCUGCAGCGUGCUCUGGUGCGCAUUGCCAGGGAGAUUCAGCGGUUCUCGGCCGGCUUGGGCUUGUGCUCCAAGCAGGAGGUGACCGGCGCAUUCAAGGUGGUGCUCUGCUCCACGCUGGCCGACUCCUGCACCAAGGCGUGCCUGCGUGCCGCCGCCAUGUUCGCGGUGCCCGGCGAGAGCGCCCUCAAGCAGAGCAAAUCGUCGCGUGCCGGGCUCCAGCUGUCGGUGGGCAGCUUCUUCAGAUGGAUGACGGAUGCACGGCUGGGCAAGUUCAUACACGAGUACGCUGCGGUCUAUCUGUGCGCCGGCAUUGAGAAUCUGCUCGAGGAGAUCAUGCUGCAGUGCGGCGGAGCUGGCGGUGGCAGCACCACAGCCCCGGCUCUAGAUCAAAGCAUUGCCAGUUCGGGUGACUUCUGGGGCCUGCUGCAGCCGUUCGCCCACCUGAAUGCCGGACGCAUUGCCUCCGGCGCCUUGGCCAUGCCGCGCUGGGCAAGCCCCUUCUCGCUGGCCACCUGCGUGGGCAGCAUACGGGAGCUGAAGGAGAAGGCGCUGCGCACCCAGCAAGAGUUCCAGCAUGCUGCCGCCCUCUCCAACGCGGCACUCAGUGCGCUCUUCUACUUCAUGCGCUGCUCCCAGCUGGAGCACACGGAGCUGGCGGCUCAGAGCUCCACGGCCGGCCAGGCGCCACCCAACAGCGGCACCCAGAAUGUGCAGGAACUGUGCUAUGAGCGCGCCUAUGUGGUGCUGCCGCCGCUGGCCGAGUGGCUGCGGGUGGCCUCGGCGCACGCGGAGCACCGCAAUGGCCUGAUGAUUGACAAGGAUGAUAUUCUGCAGGCUGCGCGUUUGCUGCUGCCCGGCGUGGACUGUCCCAUACGCCCGGUGGCCCAUGACGAGGAGCUGCCCACCAAGAAGACGCACUUCAGCAGCGGCAGCACCACUGGCACCGGCAGCAGCUCCAGCUCACCAGCCGUGAGCAGCAUUGGCGAGGAUACCUCGGAGCUGGGCCGGCGAGCCACCAUCGCUGUGGCCUUCAAGCUGCUGCUGACAGGCCGCGCCGAGCUGCUGGCUCAGGCGGCGCAGCUGCUGCCGCCCACCACGCGCUAUGACACGCAGAACAGCGCCGGACUGACUGCACUGAUGAUUGCCAGCAUACGGAACGAUGAGGUGGCACUGCAUGCCCUGAUCGACGCUGGCUGUGAUCCCAACGUGGAGGUACCGGCUGCGGGCACCAGCGGCUAUCCAGCCAUUCAAGCGGACACGCAGCACUGGACGGCGCUCAGCUUUGCUGCCAGCCGCGCCAACUACGUGGCGCUGCGUAUUCUGCUGGAGCGCGGUGGCAAGGUGGAGGGCGGCGCUCGGAGCAGCGAGGAGAAGUGCACGUUGACGCCGCUGCAGCUGGCCGCGGGCACUGGCAAUCUGGAGAUGGUGGCCCUGCUACUGGCCCAUGGCGCGAAUGCUUUCCUCUCCACACAACAGAAGGAUACGCUGUGCUUCGCGGGCGCUGCACAGAAGGGCUGCUUCUGCGCCAUCUCCGUGGCAGCGGCGCACGGGCAUCGCUCAUGCCUGCGUAAGCUGCUCACGCAUCCGGUGUCGCCUGGCACUCGGGAUGUGCUCUCGCUGGAGGAGAUGCUCGCCGAGGGCGACGUGGUGGGCGUACGUGGAUCCGGCGCUACCACAGCCGUUGCCGGCGAGGAUCUGCUGCCGCUGCUCAACAAGACGCAGAUCAAGCGUCUGCAGGAGGCCAUGUACCACAGCGCCGAGAACAAUCAUCUGGAUAUAACCAUUGAGCUGCGCAAGCUGGGCGUGCCCUGGACCCUGCACUGCUGGAUGCAUGCGCUGUCAGCGGCUCAUGAGCUGCGCCUGGACGCAGUCAUUGAUCAGCUGCUGCAGGACUUUCUGCAGGUCUGCCCCGAUGACUACAGCGCCCAGUUCGUCAGCGAGUGCCUGCCUCUGCUCUUCAACAUCUUUCGCAAUAAGAACGAGGGCACCACUCUGCUGCUGGCGGACAUCUUUGCCACCUGCUUUGGCUGGGAGGCGCUGCAUCCGCUCAAGGAGCAGCCGCCCAUGCAGCCCGUGCAGGGCACGCGCAUCGAUCCAAAGUUCGUCAACAAUCCGGAACUAAGCGAUGUCACCUUUCGCGUCGAGGGCAAAAUCUUCUAUGGCCACAAGAUAGUGCUGGUGACCGCCUCGCCACGCUUCCAGAGCAUGCUCAGCUCCAAGCUGAGCGACGCCAACAGCACGCCCACAGUGCAGAUCAAUGACAUACGCUACCACAUCUUCCAGCUGGUGAUGCAGUUCCUCUACAGCGGCGGCUGCAGCGCUCUGGACGUAUCGCAUGGCGAUGUGCUGGAGCUGAUGGCAGCUGCCAGUUUCUUCCAGCUGGAGGCUUUGCUCUGCUACACAGAGGCGCGCUGCUCCGAAAUGGUCGACGUGGACAACGUGGUGGCCAUGUACAUCCAUGCAAAGGUCUACAAUGCCAACAAUCUCUUGGAGUAUUGCCAGUGCUUUCUGCUGCAGAACAUGGUUGCGCUGCUGACCUACGAUGAUUCUGUGAAGCGUCUGCUGUUCGCCAAGAAGAUACCAAACCACGAUGUCCUGGCCGGUCUGCUGCAGACGCUGCAGCAGCGGCUCAAGACCCGCAAGCCGAACGCCGUCGGACUGAUCAGCGCCUAUCGCUCGCCGCCGGCCACGCCCGUCAAGAAGUAGCGGCGCCCCACCCCCUGCCAGACUAACCCACACACACAUACAUGUCCCGCUUAUGUCAUAUUUAUUGCAUUGUUUUCUAUAACGAAGUCUCUCGUAUGUAUUAUAUAACGCCCAAGUCCCUAGAGCCCUAUCCCUAGUUGUAUGUUUUGUACUCUCCACUUGUUCAGCGCACUGUUAAUUUAAAUGCUUAUGCUAGAUAACGUGGUACAGAUUAGAGCAUCCCGUAGCUACCUGUAGUUAGAUGAAAUUG